CAAAUUUUUGGCUUCAAAACGGAACCAUCAUGGGCGACGACCAGAUAGAUAUUCACCCCACUCCCAAUAAGCUACCCCUCGUAGCGUCUUGCAGCGGAAGUUGAGGCGCUAGGCAGCCCAAUUGACGAGGGCUUUCUUAUCCCUUCAGCAUGCCGCCACGGCUUCAGUGCCCAAAGGCCGCGGCCUCCCUCAUACAACAGUCGCAACACUCGAUACGAUCUCAGCGAUACCUCAUCCCAGUCCUUGCCGCAGUCACAUCAGCCCCGGCAGACCUGGCCGCUCCGGCAAGAAGAAGAUAUGCGACUGCCGCCUCAUUGGCCAAGGUAGCGGGGCUGCAGCUGCCAGCCAACUAUGUGCCUCCCACACAGCCUCCGAGCGCCCGCCGGCCGGACACGCGCAAAUCCCAGCUACUCCGCGCAUACACGGCGCUGCUCAGGUCGACGCCCCUCACUCUCGUCUUCCAGCACAACAGCCUCACCUCACAAGAAUGGGCCGCCGUGCGCCGUGAGCUGAGAACGGCGCUGGCCAGCGUCCCCGCCCCGCCAGCCGUGAAGGGCGGCCCCGCCCCCGUCGACAUCACAGAGCACGUCAAGCUGCAGGUGGUCAGGACACGCAUCCUCGACCAGGCCCUGAAGAUUGUCGAGUUCUUCGACCCCAACAGCCAGACCUCGGGCACCGCGACCGAGGCGGCGCUCAAGGGCGGGUACACGCACGACCUCUCCAUGGCCGUGUACAAGCAGGUUUCGGCCGUCGACGUGGACAACCUCCCGGCGGACUCCAUGUACGGCCAGCUGGGGCCCCUGCUCGUGGGGCCCGUGGCGCUCCUGACGUUCCCGGCCGUGUCGCCCGCGCACCUGGCCGCUGCGCUAUCCAUCCUGGCCCCCAGCCCGCCGGCGUUCCCCGCGCCGACGCGCAGGAAGAACCCGGGCUACUACGACCUGACGACGCAGAGCGCGCUCCACAAGCUGCUCCUGGUCGGUGGCCGCGUCGAGGACCGCGUCUUCGACAACGACGGCGUAAGGUGGAUCGGCGGCAUCGAGGGGGGCCGCGACGGGCUGCGCGCCCAGCUGGUGCACAUGCUCCAGAGCGCCGGCCUCGGCCUCACGUCGGCGCUCGAGGGCACCGGCAAGAGCGUCUGGCUUACUCUCGAGGGUAGGAGGACCAUGCUAGAGGACGAGGCCAAGGGCCCGGAGGAGGCCAAGGAGGGCGAGGCAUAGAGCUGUUUGCUGUACGAUGUAUGUGGCUUGGUAUCGGGACAUGCCGGUGUCUACAUCUGCCCACCUACCUACUACCUCUGGGAUCCAGCCAAAUGGAAGCUCCGUUGUAUUAUGCUUUGACGUGCAUGUCUGGUAUUGCAGUAGUGCAAAUCCUCCAAGAAUUGGGCUUCGAGAAGGUGCCCAUAUAUGUGCUCGGUGUUAACAUAUGUCCAUCUACCCUCUCAUGUCGG